AUGAGCUGGAACUCGCAUCUUUCUCUAGCCUCUGCUAUCAGCUUCAAUGCUAGGAUUGCCCUGCAGGAAAAGCUGACUCUCUUGAGCAUAGAUCUGUUCAUGCGCCCGGCUCAGGAUUCAGAGAACCCAUGGAAGAAAAUCCAUCAGGAGAGAAAGGAGCUGCAGGCCUGCAUGUUGACCCUUGCCAACAAAAAUUAUUUCACCAAGGGGGAGGCUGCCGUCAACUGCCUGGUCCAUGUGCAUCUGUGGGCCUCCUACACCUACCUCUCUCUGGGCUUCUAUUUCCACUGGGAGGAUGUGGUUCUGGAGUGUGUGGGCCCCUUUUACUUCCAGUUGGCCAAGGAGAAGCAUCUGCUCUUGAAGAUAUUAAACCAGCUCAGCCUCCACACCCUCUUCCAGGACGUGCAGAAGCCAUCCCAUGAUGAGUGGCAUAAAACCAUGGAUGCCAUGGAAUCUUCCUUGGUUCUGGAGAACCUGAACCAGGCCCUUUGGGACCUGUAUGCCUUGGGUUCAGCCUGCACGCACACCCAUCCCUGUGACUUUGUGGCAAACCACUUCCUAGAGGAGCAGGUGAAGCUCAUCAAGAUGGGGGACCACCUGACUAAUCUCUGUAGGCUGGCUGGGCUGGGCAAGGAUCUCCUUAAAAGGCUCACCCUCAAGCCUGACUAG